AUGUCGAACAGUUCUUACGAUGCAGUCGCCGAAAAAGUUUUAUUCGAUUUGGAAUUGGCAAUCACUAAAGAUCCUUCAAUAAAUGAAUUUUAUAUCAUUCCAACGUUGGAAGAACAAAAUCGAAACAGUUCACCUAUUUUGAAAGGAGAAAAUACUCUCGGUUUGGAAUCAUGGAUUGUGUGUCACAUUUAUCCCUAUGCUCACAGACAAAUAUUGCAAAAAAACAAUUACAGGACUCAGAAUCUGUGCAAGGUCAUACCUUGUUUAACAGGUGUCACUUUAUUAAAUCCAGAAAUGUCAACUGCAUGGAAUAAAAGAAGAGAAUUAAUCAUUGCCAAAAAGUUACACGUCGAUAAUGAAUUAAGAUUAACAAGAAUGGCUUUGACGAGAAAACCGAAAUGUAACGAAGCAUUAUCGCAUAGAAGAUGGGUUAUAAUGGAAAUAUUAAAAGAUGUUCAAAAUAAAACGACUUUGUUGAAUGAAGAACUUGCUUUGUGUGAAAUAAUUGCCAACAGACAUCACAGUAAUUAUUAUGCAUGGAAUCAUAGAAUAUGGUCAAUGCAGUAUUUAUUACCCGAUUUUUCUUUUCAAAAUUUCAAUACCAAAGCGCAGAAACCUUCAUUUUUUGAAGUUCUCUAUAAUAAAUCAUUUGAAAUUGUCAAUCAUCCUGUGUCUGAAUGUGAGUUACUUAACUUAAAUAAUUAUGAAAUAACAAACAUGUAUUUUAUUGAAUUAGAUAAUAAUUUCAAAUGGGUUUCAUCUCACGUGUCCGAUUAUAGCGGAUUACAUUUUCGUACUUUUUUGUUGACGGAAAUUCUUUCUUACACGUAUAACUUUUUAACAUGUUUCAAUCGGAAUAAUUAUCAAUCUGACGUUCACAAUUUAAAUUGUAACUUUGUACCUUCGAUAAUUAGUUGUGGUAAAUCGAAUUUAACAGAAUUUUUGACAAUGUAUAAUUUCGAUCAGAAUCAAAAAAAAACCAUUGAUAAUUACAUAUUGAAAUUAGAAAAAAAAUUGACAUUGGUAGACAUUGCUUUGUUUUUAAUAGUGGCUGAAUUAAAAUCGAACAUUUCAUUGAGUUUGGUUUUUCCAAAUCACGAAGCCGUUUGGAAUUACAGAAAAUUUUUAAUAUACAGUUACAUGCAUGUGAUAAAUUGUUUAGAUUCUUGCAGUGAUUGCGAUCAAAUUAAUUCUUUGCAUCAGGAUCAAAAUGGCAUCCCUUGCAAAAAAGAUUUUAAAUUCGAUUAUGAAAAUGAAAUGUUUACAUUUAAAAAACAUUCGAAUCUUUUCAAUGCUUUUUUUUCCGGGAUAAUAAACAGUGAAAAAAAAUUUUUAUCCGAAGUUUGUUCGACGAAUGAAUACACUAAAACAUUAGUUAGGAAAUACAGUCAUUGGUUAGAAAAUUCAUUUAGAAAUAAUUAA